GAGAUACGAGUUCAUGAGAGUCGUGAAUGAACUACAAGUUUUGGUGAAGGUGAAUGAGAUUGAAACCUUCGAUGGAGUUGAAAUAUUUUAUGACGGGUCAGACGUGAAAUUAGUUGAGACUAAAUAUCUUUUCUCAAAUGAGUAUGAUUCCAUACGAUUUGAUCAUACGAUUGAGUUGGAAGAAGAAAAAGAAGCAAAACCCGAUUCAGCGAGGGCAGAAAACUCUUCUGCCAAAAUAAGCCGACAAAAUUCGCACCUUGUGAGCAAGACCAAUGAUGAAAUUGUGACUUGGUUUGACCACCAUUCCAACACAAUACACGCCUUCAAAAUCAAGGAUGAUCCAAGUUCGAAAUACCUGAAAUUGUUUGGAACGGGUCUUGAUGAUAUCGAAUUCACAUACAUAACAGAACAAACAAAUACUCGUUGGACGGAUGGAGGAAAAAAUAUAUACAUCUGUGAACCGAAAGAUAAUCCUCAAUUUAAACCUAUGGCACUAUAUGAUGUAUAUAGCAACGGUGAUCGAAAUACACGGAAAUACCAGCAGAUGGAUUCUGAAGUCAAUGAAUACUUUACCGAUAUCGACUUCGAAGUUCAGGUGUGCGAUCAAAUGGAAUACAACCAACAAUCUAAUACUUAUAACUUGCGUAAGCAAAUCUAUAGAGUGGUCAGCGAACAAACUCUGAAAGAUGAAAAAGUAACCGCUAUUUCAACUGUGUCCUACGAUGGAGUCCUACGUGAUGUUGGAUGGUUCGAGACCGCUACCAAUGAGAAUCAAUACAAAUUGAAGUUAAAAACUUUCAGAUAUUACGACAAUUACCAGACCGAGCACAAAGUCUACUAUGAUGAAACUCUUCUACUGAAACCAGUGCCUCAGCCUACAGCUGGAUGGAAGAGUGGAAGUACGGCCGUUGAAAAUAUUGAUCAAAUAAGGGAAAAAUCUCAGUGCCAACCAGAAUCAAUUACUUGAAGAGAUUGCACGUGACAGAAAUACCAAAAUUUCCUACCGGAUUAGAAAUCAAUAAGGUGUCACUUAUUAUUGGCUCAAAGUGGACCAAAGUUUUUGGAUCAUAUGAAAUGGAAAUGAACUGCAAUCUUCAAGAGGGUAUUGAAAAAGGUAUGAAACUGAGAUGAAAACUGGUAAUGGAACUAGAGUGGAUAUAAAGUAUUAUUUGCAGCACUGGUAUCAAGAGGUGUGGGAAUGUACUCGUGCAACUGAACCAGACACAGCUGAUAAGAUGUACAGAAUUGUGAAUGGAUACAGCAUGGACUCUGAUAAGCUGUAUAGCGUGGAUGUUUUGUACAAUUACGAUGGAGUAACCAUUUACAGAACCAAGCCCAACGAGAGCUCACCGAGAGAAAACGUGCGUGGCAAUAUGAUCAUUUUUGUGAAAGAAAUCAAAUACAUUCACAAAGAAAGUGUCGUGAAAUUCGAAGGUGUUUUAAAAUUGACUAGACCGAAUCAUUCUGGUACCGGAGAUGUCACAGAACUUGCUCUACCACAUUCUCCUCACCGUUCUCGCAAAAGCUACAGGAGAGACAUUUUGUUACCGAAAAUCAAUGUUGUGUUUCAAACUGUUGUUGUUAAUCCUCAACCUAAACUAGUAGGAUCAAGAAGGAUCUAUGAAUUUGGUGAGAACACGCAAGGCGAGAUAAAACAAGGAGAGCUCCCUUAUAUGCAAUGUAGAUUCAAACUCGAUACUGUCAAAAAAUUCGGGGAAGCAGAAAUUAAUUGGAAACUAAUGACGAAAGCUUCCCUGUAUCGGACGGUAAAAGAAGGUGGUCCCACUGAGAGAGUGGCAUAUGAUAAUAAAAAUCAAAAUACGGUCAGAUUUUUCUCAUUGGAAAGUAUCAAACAACGAAUCUGGAACUGUGAGAGGGAAAUCAAUGGCAUAAAAUAUAACUAUAAAAGAGUGCAGAAUGAGUUUAGAAUAGAUUUUGAAGCAUCUGGAAAUAAGGGAAAUGCACUAAUCUAUCACUACGAAGGUGUAACCGUAACUAGAGACGGAGUAGUAAGGGAAGUCAAGUAUUACAAUGCCGAAAGCAAAAGUAUUAGAUAUGAUGGAGUAGUCUGGUUGAUUGAGCCCACUGGCGAAGAGGCAACUGGUCUUGUUGGAUCAAUUCUAGACAAACUUCAUCUUGAUGACAAGUCAGGGCGAGAAGUGUACUAUUAUCUGGACAAACCUAUGCUACAAUUCAGAUCAGUGAAUGGCGAAGGAAGACUGGUUCAGUUCGGAAAGCCCGCUGAGAGUGAUAGACUUAUGAAAGUUGUAGAACCUACACCUGGCAAACCUGUGACUUGCACGACGUACUCAGAUUACCUGGAAGACAGUCGAUUUCCGACUGCAACUGAAUUGUUCACGACAUUUCAGAGUGAACAACAACAAACAAACUUUGCUAGUUGGAUAAAGAUUAUACCAGGAAAAGAAGAAACUCGAGCCUACACUUAUAAAAAUAGCAGGAGUAUUUGGGAGUGUAAGAGGGAGCAGGAUAAGCAAUUGUUUCUGAGAGUGGAGAAUAUUUAUGUGCCGUCCUACAUACUAUACCCAAUGGAUAAAUUGUUUGUUGCUGAUGGACUUUCACUCAAGACCAUCCUCCUACCCGAUAAGAGCGAUAAUUUUCUCAUAACCGAAGUGAAAUAUUUCGAGCAAAAGAGAAAUGCGGAGAAUGAGUUGACAAGCCUUGUGCCAGUGAAAUAUGAUGGGGAAGUGAUACUUGUGGUAGAGAAACCCAGCACUAUCAUGAAAAGACUGUAUCCAUCGACUUCUGAUUAUGAGCUGGCCGGUUCUGAUACAAAUGGAAAAUACUGGUCAAUUGAUGCACUGAAAACUCAAUUAAGGAAAAUAAAACAGGUAUUGCCAAUUGAGGAAAUUUUGAAAGAAGACGCAACAGUGAAGAAAGGAAGAAGAACAUAUAAAAAUGGUGCUGCUUAUAGAAGAUCUCUAGGAGCUGCUGAGAAUACGAAAUCCCCUCCGAAAACUAGUCGCAGAAAUUCGAUGGUACGUUCAGUUGCAGCUGUUACAAAGGGAGUUGCAAACGCAGUUACUGGAUCGAAAACAGAAACAGGAAAAAAGGAACUUCCAGGAGUGAUCUACAUAAAGAAGGGAAAGGUGUAUGCGAUUGCGCUAGGAGGCAGAGGCCGAAGAAUAUUCCACAUAGCAGCUGACGACUGGACUGAAAAGGCUGAUGAAAAUGGAUACCUUUGCAUUCAAGAUAUAUGGAGUCCAAAAGACCGAUUGAGGUUCAUUCCAAAAGUGAUAGAGCGCAUUGAUGACUACAAUUAUGAAUUGAAUGGAGAGGCACUAUCGAAGCUAUUCAAAGUUGAGCAAGAAGUACAUUUUUGUGCCGCUAAAUAUAAGUUCGCUAAAGCCCGCGUCCUGACUAGAGUGACCACCACAUUGGAAGCUGAUGCCAAUGGGAUCAACGCUGUCUCCUACUCUGGAAGUUCUAGAGUUGAUACUUUUGAACAACAGGAUGGAAAAAAUAAUGCGAAAAGAACUGUAAUUAAGGUUACUAUUGAUACAUUCAUUGAAGAGAAUUCAUCAGCAAUAUACAAAUCUGAUACACCUAUUAGUCAAUAUGAGACGAAGUUAUCUCAGAAUGUAUUGAGCAGGCUGGCCAGCAUCAUUAACCCAAAGUAGAGAUGAUAUAGGUAUCAUUUUUUCCAAACAUUUUAUUCCACAAAUAAAUUGUAUAGUGAAACAAUUGUAUAGGUAAUUACUCACUUUUCAUAUUCAAUGGUAACUGUAGGAAAAACUUAAUGUGAAAUAUUUAAUUAAACACGUAUUUCACAUUCAAUUUUUCCUACAGUUACCAUUGAAUAUGAAAAGUGACUAAUUACCUAUACAAUUGUUUCGCUAUACAAUUUAUUUGUGGAAUAAAAUGUUUGGAAAAAAUGAUACCUAUAUCAUGGAAUGGUUUUAUUUUAUUCAAAUACUUGUAAUUGGUUUUAAAAAAUAAACUUUAUUCCAUUAUUUCAUUGUAAUUGCGAUUGGUUUUUAAAAAUAAACUUUAUUUCAAUACUUCA